CUUCCUGCUCCUCACUUGCUUUGCGACGACGACCUCGACCGUGCAUGCCGCCGUUGCCGUUCUCGUCCACUGACGUUGCCAACAGCACCUCCUCCUCCUCUUCUACCACCACCUGUUCCCUCACCACCACCACCUCUUCCUCUUCCACCUCCACAUCAUACCCCACGUCUCGCUUCUUCUGAUCGCUCAUCGUCGUUGAUGUUGACGAAAUUCAUUGCUGUUCGCUCGCAACGACACCCAAUACACCCACCACAAGACACACGCACACACGCACACAUCAUCAUCAUCAUCAUCACAGCAGCAGCAGCAGCAGCAGGCGCAGCUAGCAAUGGGGAAGCACGGCCGCAACCAGACAGCCAACCCUGUCUACACCUACCAUGAACGCCAGAAGGACAAGAAACAACAAAAGUAUGGCAGGCUAUCGCAGCGCCUCGGCGCAGACAGCAUGAGGGAAGUGGACUGCUGCUACUUGUCCCUGCAGCCUGUCGUCGAUGCUGUCAUCACGCCUGACGGCUACUUGUUUGAGCGGGAAGCCAUCUUGGAGAACCUGCUCCAUCAGAAACAAGAGACUGCCCGGAAGAAGCGCGCGUAUGAGCUGCAGCUCAAGAAAGAGAAAGAAGAGGAGAAGGAACUGCAGGAAGCCGCCAAGCGCGACCAAGUCACGCGGUUCAAGUCCACGGAGUCCAGCAUCGCGUACUCUGCGCGCGACCACUUCAAGACAGACAACAAAAAGGGCGGCCACGCAACGGCAGCGCUUGAGGCUGCGAAGAAGUUCACGGUGAAGAGGGCGAAGGGCGACGUCAACCCGGACCACCCGGCAUUCUGGGUGCCGUCCGCAACGCCAGACGCAAAGUCGUCCAAGCUCACAAAACCGGACACCAAAACGCGCUGCCCCAUCACAAACAAGCCCCUCAAGCUCAAGCAAUUGAUUCCAGUGAAGUUCACACAAGUUAACCCAGACUCAAAGCAGCCAAUUGUCGCGCGAGAGGACCGCUACAUGUGCCCCGUCACCCGCACCUCGUUCAAGGGAAACAUCCAGCUCGUCGCCAUCAAACCAACGGGCCGUGUUGUGAGCCAGGAGUGCAUUGACAAGAUUGUGCGCAAGGACAUGCGUGAUCCAAUCAGCGGCGAACCGCUCACCGAGGCAGACCUCAUUCCGCUCAAGAAGGGCGCGUCGGGGUUUGCCGCUUCUGGCCAUGCGCUGCAAGCAAGCAAGCAAAACGCAACGCAGACCGUCACUUAACACGCACACAACCCAUCCUCCCCCAUCUCCUACACUCUACAUCUUGGGUUCAUUUGUAUCUGCUUUUGCCUGCAUGCAUUCAUCUUGGUUGAGAUCGCGAUGGGGAGCGCGAUGUAGAAUGAAAAGGAAGAACAACCACC